UACAUUGAAAAGUAUGCAGAUGAAUUGAAAAAAAGAGAGACAAUCUAUUCAAAACACAGAAAAGCUCAAAAAAGAUUGGCUGAAAUAUUUAGAGUAACAAAAGGAGCAGAAAGGUUUGCUAACACUGCUCCUUCUUCGGAAGUCGAAGAAAGAUAUGCAAAGUAUGUGGCAGAACAUAAGGAAUUAAGAGAUGAAAUGGAAGAAUUGAGGCGAAAAAAUGCUGUUCAGCUGAAUGAGAUGAGAAUAAGAUUGGAGGAAAGAGAAACCAAUGCAUCUGAAUUACAAAACUCUUUUAGAGAAUUCAAAAGAAGCAUGGCUCUUAGUGCUGUAGAUAGUAGAACUGGUAAGAAAAUUCCAUCAAACUCAAUAGAACAGUACAUAGACAGAGACAGACAAAAGGAUGACAUGAUAAGAGAAAUCAGAACAACCUUUAUUGAACUGAAAAAUACAAAAGACUCUUUAGAAAAGCUCAUAAAGAGUAGAGAAGAAUUCUCAGAAGGUCUUCACUUGAUGGACUAUGAACAACUGAAAAUGGAAAACUCAACCCUAAUGGAAAAGUUGAGAGAAAAGAGAGACAACCUUAAGAAAUCAAGAGAAAAACAAACUACAACUGUCCACAUUUUAACUCACGUUAAAGAAAAAUUACAAUAUGUACAGACUGAAAAUUCAGAAUUGCAAAAGAAGUUGGACAAACUAAACAUCAACCUUACCGAGUAUAAAGACAUGCUUACUAGAAUCAAAAAGGAGCGAGACAUGUUAAAAAAACAAAACAUGGAAAUGAGAGAAAAGGAGCCUCUAGUUGGAACUGACUCUUUACUCCUUGACUAUCAAAGUAGAAAGGACGAACUAGAUAUGUUAAAAGAUCAAGUUAUGGAG